AGGUAUAUUUUCAUCUCGACCGUUGGUCAAACUGCGGGCCGUCGACCCAACUCUGUCCAAUGACAGAUGUUCCCGUUCAACCCUGAAGCACAACUACCGGCGAUAAACGUGAUCGGUUCACGGAUCUUUUGGGGAUUUUGGGCAAGGGGCCGAUUUUCUUGAGGAUUCGAUUCUGGUGCCUCGUCCAGGACACGGCCCUAAUGUCGGCCACCCACGUGCAAAGGAACAACGCAGGGUCUCGUUCAACAGCCCUACCAGGUCCGGGCUACACUGCGACGGCGAACACAGGUUCAUACAUACCUGCAUCGCAAAGACCGGAUGGGACAUGGAGAAAGCCAAGGCGGGUGAAGGAGGGCUACAUUCCUCAGGAGGAAGUACCAAUUUAUCAAAGUAGGGGGAAAAUAUGGGCUGAAUCUCGGCCAAAAUACCCGGUGGGUAUGAGUGAAACGAUGAUCGCUAAAUUAGAAGCUGCUCAAAAUCAAGGAGUAUUUUUGCCUUCGACACAGCGGGCUGAUGGAACAUGGCGAAAAGAAAGAUCCAUUCGCCCCGGUUAUGAACUUUGGAAACCGAGUAUUUUCCUGGGUGUUAAAAAGAAGAAAAAGAAGAAGGCGGCCGGCACAAAUUCUAACGAUGAUUCUUCUUCGGACAAGCCUUCAACUCCUCUGAGCAAGGAGGUGACAGACUUGACAAAGAAAUUCAAAGACACUACUAUCGAUAUAGGGAAAACGAGUCAGCCCAAUCCUGCCAACAGGUUGAGAAAUCUCAGGAAAAAGUUGAAAGAGAUCGAGGCUCUCGAAUUGCAAAUUCAAAAUAAAGAAUUGAAAAAUCCGGACAAGGACCAAUUGGAAAAAAUUAAAAAGAAAAAUGAUUAUGAAGAAGAAUUGUUACAGUUAAUGGAAGACUUAAAAACCACUUGAAAUCUUUUUUUAUGAGUGGGAUUCUUUCUAUGUGAAGUUGGAUAUUUAUUAUAUAUAAUUGAACAUAUAAUUUAUAUUUUUUUCAGGCCGUUAUCAAUGUGUACUAUAUUAAAGUGUUUUAUCACUAUUAA